GCCAGCAUGCGUUUCUCUUCUCUAUUCGGCGGUCUCCUGCUUGCCGGGGCUGCGAUCGCCCAAAACACAAGCUGUUCUCCCAAGUCCUCUGACGCCGAAGUCAUUGAAUACGCGUACGCAUUGCAAGGACUGCUCGAGAGAUACUAUACAUCCCAGCCGAUCAACCAGACCUUCCUGAGGGAUGCCACCAAUGGCUCGAGAGUGGAGUACUACCAGAACCUCCUCGGCAUCCAGAGACAGAACCGUUUGGGCGUCCGCGCUUUACAGCAAGUCGGCUCUCAAAUCCCCGGCUUCUCGAACCCAAGAUGUGACUACUCGAUCCCGAAUGCAACUAGCGGAGAAGAUUACGUGAAGAAUGCUGCUGUACUCGAGGGCAGCGUUGCCAGUGCCUUCAUUGGUGCCACUGGGUACACCCAGUCCCCGGAAGUCUCGUUUAUUCUUGCGAGACUGGCAGCCGUGCAUACUGCAGACGCCAGCUGGCUUGCGGCAGAGCAGAGGAGCGUUGUAUUCCCGUCCAACGUUUCCUCCUUGGUGCCCGCUUACAACCCGGAAUACGUUCUUGGUUCUGGCAAGGAGCCUGGACGACUUGGCCAAUACCUUCAGGACUGUGUCACGGCGCCUUCGGAUCCGUGUGGCCAGACUUUCUUCAUCGGACCGCUUGUUGGUAGUGUUGGUAACCGCUCUUCUGCAGCUGCGGUCCCUUCAGGCUCCAGCGCCUCUAUCACUCCAUCUAUUUCUCCCACUGCGGCGGCGAGAAGGCGCUUUGGAUUCUGAGUAACCACUGAUGGGGCCAUCUGAACAUCAGCGCGGUGUACUCAUACCUCGACCAUUGAGACAUUUAAAUCACUGGUUGGAGCGUACUAUUGACUACGAUGACUGGCUGUUGGCGGAGCGACGUGUAAUAUAGUAUCGUAGAUAGUCCCGUUAACAGUUGUUAGCCCACUCAAAUACUCCU